AUGGAGCAAAGACUGGAAGGAAGAGAAACGCGAGGCCUCUGCCCGAUGGCCGACGUGUUCGUGUACGGGACCCUGAAGCGGGGCCAGCCCAACCACAAGGUCCUGCUGGACAGCGCCAACGGACGGGCCACCUUCAGGGGCCGUGGCCGCACGGAGGAGCCGUACCCGCUGGUGAUCGCCGGGGAGCACAACAUCCCGCGGCUGCUGCACCUGCCGGGGCGAGGCCUCCGCGUGGCCGGGGAGAUCUACGCCGUGGACGAGCAGAUGCUGCGCUUCCUCGACGAGUUCGAGGGCUGCCCCGACAUGUACCAGCGCGUGCGGGUGCGCGUGGCGGUGCUCGAGGGGGAGGCCUCCCGGGAGCCGCCCGCCGCCGCUGCGAGCAGCCGGCAGUGCUUCGUGUACAGCACGGCCACCUUCCCGCCCGACUGGGCCCAGCUCCCCCACCUCGACGAUUACGACUCGCAGGGGCCGCACGGGCUCCGCUACAACCCCCGGGAAAACAGAUGA